AUGUCUCCCGAAAGCGUUUCAUCCUUGUUCCCACAGAGGCCGAUUCGUCCUCUGCCGAAACGUCGCUUGCGGGAACGCCUUUCCCCCGAAGUCGCUGAUUCCAUCGAGUACCCUCCGGCGAACCAGAAUACCAGCCCCCUGUUUUACUACCCAAAUAUUGUACGAGAUGAACUGCCCACAAGGACAGGAGGCCAGAACGGUACGAGUCGAGGUGGCGUUGGUUACGAGAAUAUUCCACGAGGUAGCGGGGUAGCCGGAGAGAGUGACGAGGAGGAACUGGCCCUCAGCAACAGCAAGGUCGUUCGUCGUUCACAUCCGGAGAUCUUGAAUCGCGCCUCGACAAUGCCUCCGAACCCGCAACCACCGCCUUCGACAACAUCUUCCGCGGAUGGGUAUGAGUCUUUCGAGAACACCAACAACAAAAAGAAGCGAAAGAUUCCGACUGCUGGAGAUUCAGUGCUCUCCGGUGUACACUCAAUCGGUGAAAUCAACUCAAUAGGUGUGUCAACGGCAACGUCUCCGUCAAACGACAACGGCGACCUCGCUGUAUCAACAUUGUCGUCAUAUUAUGGGGCUGGAAGCUUUGUUGCAAACAACCAAGGCAUCUCAGGGCCAGGAAGGGGCCGAUUUGGAAGGUCCAGGAAUGGAAGAAGCCCCCUCAGAGCUUUAUCCGACGCAACAAGUAACUGGGUUGGAAGGGGAGCCAAGGUCCGGCAGCCUCAAUGGGCGACGUCAGGCGAAAAUCACGGAAUCAUUUCUAGUGCCAUCGCCAAUGCCGAAAAGGCCCCCUCAGCACCGGGUCAGGAGAAUGUGAGCCUCCUGCAUCAGCAUUCCUCCAGUGUCAAAUCCAGCCCCACUGCUACGCAGUUCACGUUCACCUGCGACUCCCCUGUGCCCAAGCCUCAGUGGCCAGGGACUGAUCCUGCUGGUUUUCAACCUGGAUACGGCCCUGGCGGCAAAGCCAAACACAAUUCAAUGGCGACUCAAAAUCCGGCGGACUUGACCAGCGCUACUGCUGGUCAAACUACAGCGCCAACUGGCAAAGCAAAUGCUCAGCCUGGCGGGUCAAAGAAGAGUCGUCGUCGCCGAGCUGAGAAGGAACUUCGAAUGGCAGCCAAGCAACGCCGUCAGGAAGCCGAGUACAAAUACUACAACAAUCCGCCCAAACUUGAAGACAUGUGGGUCUGCGAGUUCUGCGAAUACGAGCGCAUUUUUGGCGAGCCUCCCCACGCCUUGAUUCGACAGUACGAGAUCAAGGAUCAGAAGGCCCGUCGCAAGGAGAUGGAAAGGAAGCGUCUGCUGGAAAAGGCCAAGGCUAAGAGCCGGAAGGGCAAGAAACCAGCCAAGUCGCCCGGAAAGACAGCGUCACCUCAGAAUCUGUCCCAGGAACAAGGUGGUAACGCGCCCAUGGCUGCCGCAGCGAGCAGUUCAACUCAUGACGACGAAUAUGCCGACGAUUAUGCACAUGACGAUGAAGAUUUCGAGGACUCCUAUUCUCAAGAAGAUCCGCCGAUGCUUUUGAGCGAUGAUCCUGAUGGUGAUCAGGAGCACGACUGCACAUGUCCAACGUGCGGCGACUGCGGAGGACGCGAGAAAGACGUUGACGAUCCUGGCGAUAUCGUUCAGUAG